GUGUAGCUGACAUGUCACGCAGAAUAGCACUGCUAUCAGCAGCUCUUAGAUCAUUCCGGUCGAUUUCAUUCGUCAAGACGGGGAACACACUUGGCAAUACGAUUGAGACGGUAAGGCCACCUCCUGAAGACAUGGCAGAUAGCGAAACGCUGACGGCAACUUUUGCUAUGAGCUGAUUUUGGUUCCCCGAGGCUCAGUUUGGAUGCGCUAAUGGUGUCGUCCGAACUAAGGUCGGAUACACUGGAGGAUCUAAGUUAUUUCCGACCUACACAAGCCUUGGGGACCAUACAGAAACCUUGGAGUUGGAGUAUGACCCAAACUGUACAACUUACAAGGAUCUGUUGAAAAUAUUUUGGAAAAAUCACAACCCUACAGCAGUCCAUAAAGCUCAGUACAUGUCAGCUAUUUUUUAUCACAACGAGGAUCAGAAACAACUUGCAGAGGAGACUCGUGAGGAACAUCAGAAGAUAGUCAAAAGAAAGAUAGUAACAAAGAUCCUUCCAGCAAACACGUUCUACGUAGCUGAACAAUACCAUCAAAAGUACAUGCUGCGACAGCACCCCUUGCUGCUGAACAGUCUGGGCUUAAAUGAUGAAGAGCUGAAGAAGUCUCGGGUUGCAGCUCGUUUAAAUGGUUAUGUUGGAGGUUAUGGUUCCAUAAAGAGCUUUGAAGCUGAAGUGGAUGGGCUAAAAUUAAGUAAUCAGCAAAUAGAAAUGGUGAAAGAGAUCAUAGAGAGAAGAAGAUUCUAAAAGAAAGACUCAGA